CGUUAGAGUGAAACAUCAAAACAAAACAAAAUCCGCUAAGUAUGAAGAAACGCUAUGAAAGAUUUACGGAUUGUGACACUGGUGGUCGCUGUUCUGCUGAUGGAAACACUCUACCCAAGCGAUGCCGCGAUGACGAUGAAGCAAAUCAACGAGUCGAUGGAAACGAUGAGAAGAGCUUGUGCCCCGAAGUUCGACCUUCCCGAAGCAAGCCUUAACGAUCUUAAAGCGGGAAACUUCCGUCCGGAUGCCGGUAAGGAAUUGAAAUGCUACGCAAAGUGCAUCGCCCAGAUGGCAGGAACGCUCACCAAGAAGGGGGAGAUCAGCUUCUCGAAAACGACAGCCCAGAUCGAAGCGUUGCUGCCAGCGGAACUGAAGGCAGGAGCCAAGGAGGCACUGAAAGCCUGCAAAGAUGUGCAUUCUGGGUACAAGGACAGCUGCGAUAAAGUAUACUUUUCUGUGAAAUGUGCAGCUGACUUCAAUCCGGACAUAUUUAUUUUCCCGUAACAGACGACAACUUUGGCCAACGAUUAAGGAUUUUGAAUUGAGGAUUUUGUUUUAAUGUGAUUGGUGAUUACAAUGUAUGUUUGUUAGAAUUUGCACUAGAAUAAGAUGCUAUGUAUUUAUGCGAAUAGAAAUAGA